AUGACUCUGGAUUAUCAUUUGGAUCCAACAUUGGAAGAAUACUCACAUAUCUUGGGGUUUAGAAUUAAGGAUUGGGUUUCUUUUGUCAGUACCAAGGAACUACCGAAGUCUCAUCUUUUAGCUGAAGGUUUGCAUUUGAAGAAGAAGGAAGUGAAGCUCAAUCUUAAGCCAAAGGAUGGAACUUAUGGUUUUACUCUGAAGUUUUUGGUUGAGAGGGUCAUUGCCUUUGUUGAUGUUGGAAGUUGGAUAGCUUUCAAUGUUGUUUUCGCUUUGCUCAUCUAUGGGAUUAUGUUGUUUCCUAGUAUGGAAGACUUUUUGGAACUUGUAUCUAUUCAUAUCUUCCUAUCCAAGAAUAUGGUUCCUACACUUCUUGCUGACAAUUACUACUCUCUUCAUGGUCCUUUUAUCGAGAACAAAGACAAUCUUAAGCGGUCUCAGAGGAUCAUGUCUCUGACUACUGAAGAUAUUAUGUGGUACUCUAGAGCUUACGAUGAUAUUAAGCUGAUUCUUAGUUGUGGAAAUUUCCCCAAUGUUCCCCUCAUAGGUACAAAGAAUGGAAUUAACUACAAUCCAAGGAUAACUUUAUGUCAGUUGGGUUACCCAUUGAUAUGCAAGCCAGAUUCCGAGCAUGUGGAGGAGUUUAUUUUGUAUAAAUGGGUUGACAAUCCAGAGUUGCUAAGGAAGAUCGUCAAAGCUUGGAGGAAGGUCCGUCCUCAAGGAAAGUACGAGUUAGGGAAGAAUAAUUGUAUCGCCAAGGAAGCUUAUACCCAGUGGGUUAAGAACAAGGUUGAAUAA